AUUGUCGUCUUCAAAAAACAAGAUUAGGUGAAUUCUAUCUUUGUCUGCCUAUGCCACUUGAAAUUAGAGGUGAAAACCAAGCCCCGAAAUGGACAAAGAUUGAAGAAGGAAUACUUGCAUUAGAUCCAGGAGUUAGAACAUUUUCAACUGGUUACUCACCUUCUGGACUCACUAUUGAAUGGGGAAAAAAUGAUAUUGGAAGAAUUUAUCGUCUCUGUUAUGCUCUUGAUAAAUUACAAUGUAAGUGGUCACAAAAAGAAGUUCGACACAAAAAACGUUACAAGUUAAAGAGAGCAGCAAGAAGAAUUAGAAAAAAGAUUCGAAAUCUUAUUGAUGAAACACAGAGAAUGGUGAAACGGGCAAACAGAAGAAUAAGAAGCAAGACUGCAAGAGCAAUGCUCGGAUGGUCUCAUUAUCGUCUUAAGCAACGUUUAAUUAACAAGACAAGGGAAUACCCAUGGUGUAAAGUUAUAAUUUGUGAUGAACAUUAUACUUCAAAGACUUGCGGAAAUUGUGGAUACCUUCACAAUAAACUCGGAUCAAACAAAACUUUUAAGUGUCCUCAGUGUCAAAUAGAGAUGGAGGACAGAGACAUCAAUGCGGCAAGAAAUAUCCUUCUUCGAUUCUUAACUCUUAAUCGAGCCAAAUCUUCUGGUUCGGCGUUGGGACCUACCCCCUAG